AUGUCUCGGAAGACCUUUUGCCGUGGGGAGACGGGGAAAGCAACACUGGAGUGCCUGGAGUGCGAGUUAGUGGUCGUCCUCCUGCAGGGGGAGAUCGCCGCCGGCGUCAGCUACGACGCCCUGGUCCAAGAGUCUGUCCGGAUUUGCGUCAGCCAAGUGGGGAUGACGGAGACCUUUUGCCAGGGAUACGUACCUCAAGUCGUUCCUAUCCUGUACUACAUCUUCACCCACAACAACGUUUCCGCCGCGGACUUCUGCGGAAUGGUCCUCUCCUACUGGGGUUGCACCACCAGUAGCCCCGACCGCGAGUGGACAGUCUCCAUCCACGGCGAAAAACCUCUUGUGGCGCCGGUGGAGCUGCCAGAGCCCGACGCCCCCAAGCUGAAGGUGCUGCACCUGUCCGACACCCACAUGGACCCGCUCUACAGCCCGGGCUCGAACGCAGCCUGCCCGGAGGAACUGUGCUGCCGCGAGGAGUCGGGCACCGCCGCGACCGAGGAGGACGAGGCGUGGUACUGGGGCGACUACCGGCACUGCGGGUCGCCGCCCUGGAUGCUGGAGGACAUGCUGGCCCAUGUCCGCGCCGCCCACCCGGACCUGGACUACGUGGUGUGGACAGGCGACGUGGUGCCUCACAACAUGUGGUCGACGUCGCGCGAGGGGAACCUGCGGCUGGUGCGGGAGACCAACGCCCUCGUCAGGAAGUGGUUCCCGGACGUCCCGGUCUUCCCCGCCGUCGGUAACCACGAGAUGAGUCCGCUCGACCACCUCUUAGAUCUUUUUUUCCCCUUCUUUUGUCAGAAUAAUAAUACGGCUAACCUGUCGCCCUGGCAGGUACCCGAGCCCCCGGGACCGUGCCCCAGGGGCUCUCAGCAGACUGGCUCUAACCCGGAAAAGGCUGCCCGGUGGUCGGAGCUGCUACCCUUGCUCGAAAACUUUUACAGUGUACCGCUGCGUUUUUUAAAUCUGUCCCCGGUCAAGCCCGGGCCCCAGGGUGCCCCGUACAGGACUCCAGGACCCCGCGGGAGUGCUGGCCUGGCUCGAGGGGGAGCUGGGAAGGCAGAGGGCGCGGGGGGUGGUCCACCUUCUGGGCCACGUGCCGCCGGGAACCUGGCCGCGGAAAGGGGGCCCGGUUUAAAGGGAGCCUCCACGCCAAAAACUCGUUUCUGGGCCACGAGACGUUUCGUCCCUGAAAUUGGGCGGGGGCGCGGCAAGCGCGAGGCUCACUGGGAGCGCCCCUACUCGGCCCGGGACGCGUUUCGGAAAGGCCGCCCCCACGCCCGCCGAUUUUGGGAGGACCCGGCGGAGGCAUGGGGGGCCCACAGGCCUCUUCGAGUUUUUACUACAAGUAGGGAAAAGGUGUCUUAA